CACUGGAGACCGAUAUUCGCGCGGGCGACGGCGGCGGCGACAGCACAGGCGCGCUGCGGGCGAUUCCGCGGGCGAGGCGCCUCGACGAGUGGGUACUGGGGCAGGCGACGCCGCGAGGGGGUUCUGGUCGGGUGCGGGUACGUCGGGCGAUCCAGCAGAGCUGUCGGUCGUGGCGUGAGCCGACCCCGGGGUAGCGAGCGGCGAGGCCAGUGCGCGGCGGCCUGCGAGAGCGCAAGUCCCCGCUGCUCCUGUGCUCACCUCCGGGCUUCUAGCUUGGUGGCAACGUCAACGGUGUACAGCAUCAACUAGGGGAAGAGAAGCGCUCGCGGUGAUGGCGACCGCCGGAGAGGAAGCCGAGAGCUCCGCCGCCGCCGAGCGGCAGCGCGUGCCCUUCGCUCGGGGCGGCCCGGUGUUCGUUCCCUUCAUGGUGGGACCCACAUCCACCGUCCCAGGAUUCAUGUCCUCCGCCCUCGACGAGCUCCAGUCCUUGCAAGCCGAAUUGGGAGACCCCAGCGACGAAUUCGACGAUGAGCUCUCAGUCGAUGAGCUGAGGGUGCUCACCGAGGAGGAGCUGGUGGAGCGCGCCCUCCGGGAGGCUAUGGAGGAGGACUGGGACUCGUUCACUCUGCCACAACCAGAAGAGCAAAGGUUUGAUGGAGGGAUGUCAACGAAUCCAACCCCUAGAAAUGAGGCUCUCACAUUGAGCCUAUCAGCUGAAAGUGAUAGCUCUAGGUUGCCUGUUGAGGAUAUGGCAGCUGUAUCACAUGAACCACAAGGCAGCAAUGGAAAGCCCAGAGGCAAAAAGGCAAAAACCAGGGGCAGAAAGGGAAAAAAUGGAACCGUCACAUUAGAUUCAUCAGUUGAAAGAGAGAGCCAUGGAUCACCUGUUGACAUGGCAAUUGUACCAUAUGAACCACAAGGUGAAGGUAGCAAGGGAAAUGGAACAGCCACUUCAAAUCCAUCAGCUGAAAACGGGGUCUCUGAAUCACUUGUUGAUGGUAUGCCAAUUGUUCCACAUGAUCCAGAGGGCACAAAUGGACAAAUAAAAUGUAGAAAGGGCAAAAAGAGAGGCAGACAUUUUGAUCGAGAGGUUCGAGCGAAAAUUUUACAGGGAAGCUAUCUUACUAAAGCAGAGAGGAUGGCAGAAAUCAAGGCCAAGCAAGAUGAGGACAAACUUGCUGCCAGGUUGCACUCAUUCAGUGGUGAUUCUGUGAUGUCUAAAGGAUCCAAGUCAUCAUCUGAGAAAACUGAAAUGGCAAGAUCUCUUAAAUACAUCAGUGCACCUUGGAAGAACAAAGCUUCUAAAUCUGAGGAGCACAUGCCUGUGGUCCAUCCAGAAGUAAUUCUUUGUGUGGAAAUUUACCAGAAGAGAUAUGGCUCUGUGAAAAGCCAGGAGUUUCUUGUGUUGGGAAGCCAAUUCCUUACUGAUCUAAGGGACAACAUUUAUUGUUUGACUGAUAAGUUGAUGAAGGUGGCUGGGCAACACGAUUAUUCUGGCUAUUUCCUUAUUGAUGACACGUUCUACAAUGAUACGAGGCAUUGUUCUGCCAGUGAUUACAGUAAACCUAUACUAGAAUGGCUUAAUGAUUCCAAUGAUGAGGUAGCAGAGAAGUGGGAUGCCAUAACGUCUGGUGUUUUGAAGAAACGACAGAAGGACUUACUGAGGGGUUUGAAUAUUUCCAAUGUGCCUGAGUUUAAAUCUGAAAGAAUGCAAAGGACUCGUUUCUCUGACCUGCACUUCCGGCUUGGUGCUGGGUACCUCUACUGCCAUCAGGGGAACUGCAAGCACAUGAUUGUGAUCAGGGACAUGAGGUUGAUACACCCCGAGGACACACAGAACCAAGCUGAGUACCCUCUCAUGACGUUCCAGUUGCAGAAGCGUUUCCAGAAAUGCUCGGUGUGCCAGAUCUACCUGGCGACCAAGAUGUCGGUGGACGAUAAGUGGGCUCUGAACAACCCUUGCUAUUUCUGCAUCAAAUGCUACUACCUCCUCCACUACAAGGAGGACGGCUCACUGCUAUAUCCUCAUACUGUAUAUGAUUACAUCCAAGAGUAACGUGUGUUGCUCUCUUUCUUUUGGAGGGAAAAGUUUUACUUUAGUCCUACAAGUUGUACAUUCUCUGGUGCAAGGAGUCCAUAUCUCGAUUUGUUACACAAUGCUCAGUUAUGACCCAUAA